CUUUGUCCUCGUCGGUCACUGGUCCUUCUUCACCUUCACAAUUAUUAAGAGUCCCCUCUACUCUGUUCAUUGAAUCUGCAAUUUCACAUCAACAGCCUCCUUAAGAGCUCUGUGGAAUCUUAUUCAUUUUUUUCUUGGUCAACCAUUUUGCUGGUCGUAUCGACUCUAACUUCAGUCUCUUGUUUGAGAUUUAGAUGUACUCUUUUUGGAACGUGUACUUCUAUUUAUCCUUGACAACUGUAUUUUACCGUCGUUCUAUUUUCAAGCUCUGAACCUCCCACACAGACCGCCACUAUCGACUCGCCUUAUUUAAUUCCGCGUGUCUGCCUGAGAACUAUCAUCAACCUGCAUAUAUAUCCUUUUGUCUCAUAUGGUCACAGCGCGUAUUUGGGCGGCAUGGAAUCCCAGGAUGGAAUAUCCGUCCGCCCGAUGAGGUUGAAAGUCCUCUAUACUUUCGACGAUGAUCACAAGACCAAUUGUUUGGCCCGAUGGCCUCAGCUCCUUGAUAUCCAGACGGCUCAACUCGAUGAGAAGACACAGAUCGGCGUUAUCGAAUUGAAGACUUGCAUUCAAGCCAUCGUGUCCGCAAGUCCGGAACUCGUGGCGAAACUAGGUCGGGAUUAUACGGUAUAUGCCUACGACUACUCAGAAUACGAAACGCCGUUGGUGGGCCAGGGAAUGCUGUCAUGGGUUCUUGCCUCAGCUUCCCCAACGCCAAAUGCCCCUGCACACCAAUCUAGGACGAUGGUGACUGGUCGUGUCUGCAAAAAUGUCCUUGGUCUUUUCUCAAAGGGCGCACAGGAGACGCUCGAGGUCAAACUGCGGCUCGUUCCUGUCCCCACAGUUCUCCAAGCCGAAUACCUUGAAAGCAUCCAGAAAUACCGCGAAUUGAGCAAUGUUAUCCCCCAUGACUUCGACGCCCAGGCAUGGACGAACUUUAUUCGGCAAAAUCCCGGAUUGAUGUCCUAUACCAAGCCGCAACAAGCCUCACACGCAGACUCGCCCGUGGAUCAGUCCGGAAUAGAGAGAGUACAUCAAAUUCUGAGUGAGGGAUCGACUCCCAGGGAUCUACAUUCGAUGCAUGGGAAUGAACCAUUUCAAGCAGCAUCGCCGGCUCCAUCCGCUUUUGCCCCCCCAAGCAGGCUGCCGACUCCUGGAGGGCAUCGUGAAGCAAGCGAACAACCACAGCUUCAGCAGACAAAACUACAACAUGACCUGAUUCGCCCUUCAUCGAGUGCUUCCAUGCGUGAUGCCGAAUUUCGCAUCCAGACAUUCCAUGCUGCCCGCAGGGAUUCUGUUCAAUCAGGAUAUGGUAGUGCGGAGGAUUCUGCGGAGCCUCCACAACGGAAAAGAGCCAAGCUGUACAGAGCUGACCAUCCAGCAAGGGAGGAUUUUAAUAUCGAAAGACAACCUGCUUCUUUACGAGUUGCGGCCAGUACAGCUGCCUCCGUGCGUAUUCAUCGCCCGUUUCCAGUUAACCCGUCUAUCUCUACUGCUCAACAAUCCAAUGAAGAACCUAUUCGCCCGCCGACUCCCAUCUCUCGUCCAAGUGACAUUCUCCGUCGACCACGCCCUCUCCGCAGCCAGUUGCGCGAAACAUCUACUCAGAGUAGCGUUUCGUACACAUCUCCUUACCCCAUGAGUGAUGACAAUCCCAUUGGUGAUACAAAUCUGCCGUCCCCGGAAGAAGAGUCUCGCUAUCAAGGCCUGUUUGAGCCCUCGUUUAGUAUGCCUUCAUCCCCACCAUUCGUCGACCGUGGGCUCCCGAGCCAAUCUAGUCCCGUCCUACCCACGCUGUCCAUGCAUCCAGAUUCCGGCUUCAUGAGCGGCGACUUGGAGGAAGAUAUCCUCGGUGAAGACGUCGCCACGCCGUCGGAAGAAUGCAGGAGGGUCGCCCCCAACCAACCGGCGAGAGAUCAGCAAAUCGUACGGCCCACCGUUACGUCGAGUUCCACGGCCAGCAUUCCUGCAACUUCGGGGAUUCAGAACCGACCUGUACCGGAACUGGCUGUAAAAGAGGUUGCUCCUCCCCCAGCGCCCACCAGCACUAGCGGAUCUCGACCAUGCUCAAGAGCUGGUGUGAGGCCGCCACCCAAGCCUUUGGCACCUGCGCCGAUGUCACGGAGUGAGGUUGAGCAGCUUAUCAACUCCUUUCCGGCGAGUGACCCAAUUAUGCCUCCCCAGGGAGCUUUACAGCACUCACACUCAUACUCUGGCCCGAUGAGCGAUUACUCUACCACUGAAACGCCUGCCCCUCAGCCGAUAGAGGAAGGUAAAGUCCGUAGCGGCGCAAGCACAAAAAGGCAGAAGCAGGUCCAAGCACGUCUGGACAAGGCUAUUCGGGAAGGCCAAGUUCCGCCAUACUGUGAGAAUUGUGGCGCCAUUGAGACCCCUACCUGGCGCAGAGCCUUUUGGAAAGAGAUUGCUGGCAGCGAGCAAGACGCGAAUGAAUUCGUCAAGGAUCGGUCUAUUUUGUUCUGGCGGGCACUCUUGCGCGAUGAAAAUGAAAACGUCGUCAAAUUCAAGAUUUAUAAGAAGUCGCUGGUUGACACUGACAAGGACUUUGUGCAGAUUUUACUCUGCAAUCCUUGCGGUAUCUGGCUUCACAAGUUCAAAGCCAUGCGGCCAGAAAACAGGUGGAAUAAGCAGCCACCAAGGGGCAAGCGGCAGCGUGGUGCACGCAAGGGUCCUUUGAACAAUGCAGCCACGAGGAGCCGCAGCAACGCUCAAUCGAGUAAACCAGCAGCAUCUUCUCCGGGACAAUCUGACGCCUCUUCUCCGGCAGUAGAAGAUGGAGCUACUCCACAAGGGGAUAACGAAAAUAACGAGAACGAUGACCAUGAGAAUGAUGAAGGAACGCAAGAGCCUCAGUCGAAGCGACGUCGUGCCAAUAGCGUUGAACCGCGCAAAUCAACGGAUACUGUGGAGAACCGUUGGCUGGGACAAGAUGCGAUCGAGGCCCUACAGCGGGCGAUUCAAUCGAGUCCCGCUCGCAACAUGAAAUCACAGAGCGUUUUACUGACGGAUGAGAAGAAUAAUGAGAAUCUCACUCCAAAGCCAGUCCGAAGAGCAUUGUUUCCGACUGCUCACAACGAUGGAAAGCUGAAGGUUCCUGACGAUUCGCUGAAGAACAGUCCACGGCGCAGCCCCCGAAUCGCUUCUCGAGAAUCAGAUAAACCGGGACCUCAGGACAAGGAAAACCAUGUUCCCGCAACGUACGAUGGUCUUGAUGAUCUAUUUGAAAAUCCGGAGUUCGAGUUUGAACUUCCCAGCAGUCCAACUCCCAGAAGACGAAAUGUGCGCCCUGGGAAUCUACUAUCGGAAAAAAGACUCUCCUUACCAUGCAAUUCGCCUAGCGCAGGGAGGCGAAGGGAUACGGCGGGCUUGGAUGGAUCACCAACGAAGCUUUCAGCGCAGAAGCUCCAGUUAGUUACGGGAAGCAGCCAGUCUUCUGCCGGUCCGAAUAAAGGUCACGAACGGGCCUGCUCCGAAAUUGCCGACUUGCCAUCUUUGCCGGAUGAUAGCCUCCACGAGGGAGUAUUCACCGGAGGGAUCGAUGAUAUGUUGAUGGACCUCUUUCGAGAUGGCGGCGUUGAUUCCUUUUACCAUUCUGACAGCAACUGGGCUGACUGGAUACCAGACUAUGUCCCGCCCGCUGAUGCAGAUGGAAGCAAUAAUCAGCAGGCAAACCAAGGGGUAAAUGACUACCCUGGGGAUAACGAACUCCUUGGUGCGAUCUUGACGGAUUCUGCAAUGCAGGUAGGAGGCAGUACGCAGUAGUACGCAUCCUCCAACAGGAACGAAGGAUGCUUUCCAUGGUCGCGGGCAGACUUUCCGGAACAAUCUGUUCCAUAUCGAAACGAUAUUUUACAUAUGCUUUUAUAUUCUUGUGUGCUGUGUUGUCUGAAGCGUCGGCGUUUGGUUGGAAGGGUCACUUUAUUUGGCGGCUUUUUUAUGUCGUAUUUUGUCCCGGGUCUCCUACUCAUCGUGGUUUAUUGAGUUUCAACAUCUAUGAUUUGAUUCGAGUGCAACUGAGGACGGUUGUGAUAUGAUGAUACCACUUACAGUUAUUAGCAAUUGAAAGAGAUAUCGAAAAUGUAUAACAUGUGAAGCCAAGC